AUGGUGAACCUGGAGUCUGUGCACGCAGAGAUCAAGAUGAGCGGUGAUGCGGCAGAUUCCACAGAUACUCGGCAUGAACCCGACCAGGUGGAGCCAGGAAGUGAACAGAAUGGGCUGGACUUUAACAGGCAGAUUAAAACCGAAGACCUCAGUGACUCCUUGCAAUCUACAAUCCCCCCUAGGUCAGGUCACCUUGUGCAGGGAUCAUCCAUGAUGCCCGGAAGCCAAAUCGCAGGGGAUAUGAGCUCUCUUCACACCCUGCAGCAGCUUGUAUUGCUUCCUGGUCAUAUGCAGUCAGUUCCCCAGUUUCUUCUGUCUCAGUCUCAGGCUGGGCAACAAGCUUUGCAGCCAAACAUCCUCUCCUUCCCUCAGCAACAGGGCAGCCUUCUCCUCUCCCAGCCGGGACCCAGCCUGGCAUCACAGGCUGUGGGCCGUUCUGGACUCCCUGGCUCAUCGGUUGAACCCCACCUGGACGUACCCCAGCAUUUACAAGUGGCAAAGCACCUAACUCCAUCAGGAGCAUCUGAGGAACCCAGUGACCUGGAGGAGCUGGAAAAGUUUGCUAAGACUUUCAAACAAAGGCGAAUCAAAUUGGGGUUCACGCAGGGUGACGUUGGACUUGCCAUGGGGAAGCUCUAUGGCAAUGAUUUCAGCCAGACCACCAUUUCCCGCUUCGAGGCUCUCAACCUGAGCUUUAAGAAUAUGUGCAAGCUCAAACCUCUGCUGGAGAAGUGGCUGAGUGACGCAGAAUCUGCUCCUUUGGAUUCUUCCAUGAGCACUUCCAAUUCCUACCCCUCAGUGAAUGAGAUGUUUGGACGGAAAAGAAAGAAGCGAACCAGCAUUGAGACCAACAUUCGCUCCACGCUGGAGAAAAGAUUUCAAGAUAACCCCAAGCCCAGUUCAGAGGAGAUAUCCUUGAUAGCAGAGCAGCUCUCCAUGGAAAAGGAGGUGGUUCGGGUCUGGUUCUGCAACCGGCGCCAGAAGGAAAAACGGAUCAGCUGCCCGAUGCCAUCCCCCAUCAAAUCACCUAUCUACAAUUCCAGACUGGUCUCUACCUCAGGGUCCUUGGGGCCCCUCUCCGUCAAUCCGGUGCAUAGCACCAUGCCUGGGACUGUAACAUCAUCGUGUUCCCCAGGGAACUCCAGCAGGCCCUCGUCCCCUGGCAGUGCACUCCAUGCCAGCAGCCCCGGCACAGCCCAGAGCAACUCCAAAGCUGCAAUGAACUCUGCCGGUUUCAACUCUUCAGGAUCUUGGUACCGAUGGAAUCAACCUACCUACCUCCACUGA